CGAUUGGUUGCUGCUCACCAACACAGGCAGUCUGGGCUUGUUUUAACAUAACCGGGGGCACUUCGACAGCAGGCAAAAAUCAUGUAGUAAAUAAGCCGCUGUGGCUGUUAGGGGACCGGUUAUGGCACACUGAAUUUCGCCGCUGUUAGAUUUGCAGCGUAAAGGGGGAUUUUCUUGUUAUUUUGUAUCUAGUGUGACAGUUUUUUUUUCAGAGGGCCGCCGCUGAGGCGAUGAAGUGCCGAGAAUGAGAGCUGUGCCUUGGCCUACUACUAGUGCUGCUGCAGCUGGGAUUGUGCAGAUCUGCUCUCACAAACCGAGAAAAACACUCGCUUUGUGCCACAUUAUCAAAGAUCCGCUGUUGGUUUCACGGUGACCGACCUCCAAAUGGCUAAAGGCAUGACAACAUGAAUCAGUCAUAUAGACCGGGUCUUAGGGUUAGCUCAGUGUUUGGCUCAAGCCAGCCAGAGCUGAGGCCCCGCAAUGACCUUGUGAGCACUUCCUAUGGCAUUGUCAAGCGAGGAUUAGACCAGCCGUCGGCCGCGCAGUUGCCAUCGUCCAGCCUCAAACAACCUGCUUUACUGGGGUACAAUCAGCCGGACCGGUCUCACCACUACAACGCGCUGAGGAGGCCGCAGGACAGCAAACCUGACCCAGAGAAGGACCUCUAUCCUCACAACAACCUGCACUGUGCAAGCCCAAUCACUGAUGAUGAUGAUGAGUUUGAGGCACCAACAGUCCAGGUGCCUUCUUCUCCAAGCAAUGAGGACUUGGAGCCUUUUGAGACUCUUCAGGACAUGAGCAGAAAUGGCUUCUCCCCUCACAGUUCUGACAGCUUUGAGCACUGUUACCCCAUCCAGAAUGGUUACCUGCAUUUUGAGUCCACACUGUUUGACAGCAGUGACAUAAAGGAGGAGGAGGAGGAGGAUGGAGAGCACGAUAGCAGCGAGGAGCUUGUGUCUUUUCGCCACUCCCCUAAACACAGUCAUGACCGAACUGAGGGCAAGGCCACAUGCAACUCAGGGGUGGACAAAAGAACAUACAAACCUACAGUCUUUAAUUUAAUGUCCAAAACUAUAUCUGAACUCAACCCCACACUAAGCCCCAGUGCACUGCCAGAAAUCACUAUGAGAGAUGGGUGGAGCUUUGGCGAGGAAUCUGACAGUGACGGUGAACUUACCUCUCCAGUUGACCCUGGACUUAUCUCACCAGCUGGCACCAACUCCAAUUCCAACAGCCCAAAGAAAAAGCCUCUUCCUGCAGUGAAAUACCUGGAAGGGGACUUGGUGUGGGCGAAAUUUAACAGACGGCCCUGGUGGCCCUGCCAAGUCACCUGUGACCAAGACCAGGGGAUUCACACUAAGAUGAAAGUUCCAAGUCCCCGUCCUUGUCGCGUGUAUUACCUGGAGACAUUUGGGGAGAUUAGAGAAUGCGCCUGGGUCCCAGGGAGUGUCAUUCUUCCAUUUGAGGGAGGCCAUCAGUUUAAAGACCUACCUGUGCUUAGGCGGAGAGGGAAGCAAAAGGAGAAAGACUACAAGUACACGAUACCCAAAAGUUUGCUGACUGCGUGGAAAGUCAGUGUGGCAGAAGCUGAGUAUCUGCUCCCAGGUCGACAAAGGAAUAGUGAAAGCAUACUUUCAGUUUCCAUUAAGGGCGAAGAGCGUAUACCCAGCCCACACCCGACUGAAAAGCCACAGGAGGUCGCCUCUGUCUCUGUGGACCCCAGUCAACCUUUAUCACCCUAUACAGCUCCCAACGGAAAUGAGCACCAUCUCAUUAAAAACUCUACUGUUCAAGCCAAUAAGAGUAAAGUUUGCAAGAAGAAAAAGAAAUGUUUAUCAGACAUAUUUGGUCAUAUAGUUGGUGGAUCAAAGGAAUCAUCUAGUGUCACAAACGUAACGGGCCCGUUUCAUACAACAACGCAUGCACUGAAAGAGGAGCCGAAGGACUCACCUUAUGCUGACCUGGAUUCAGUCCCAAUGCUGCAUCGUCCUAAACGCACAGCAAUGCCUCUAAUAGAGGACAUUGACAGAUUGGUCAGGAAAGAACAGGGUUCAGCAAAAGCUAAAAAGUGUAAUGAAAAAGCCAGUCGAUGCACAGAUUCAUGUGAUUCCUCUAGCAUUUAUAAAAAUAAAUUGACAUCUAAAAAUACAAGCUCUGAACAGAAUUUGGGCAGCUGUGUGAAACUGUCAUACAGUUCAAGUGAAAAGCACUCAGUGGAUCUUCCUGCCAGCAGUCGUCUAAUGACAAGGGCUCUAAAAGCAGAGGAGGAGAAAGAUCUCAAAGAUGCACUGGCCACAAGCCAAAUCUCAACCGAAACCUCCUUGGAUAAUAAUAAUACACCUACUCAUGCUCCCAUCAAAACUGAAAUGUCUCCUAACUGGGAAUCCACCAGCAACGCAUCACCCACUGUAAAACGCAGUUCUCCAAAAAGACGUGCAAGGAAGCUGGGCAAGAAACUAAUUCGUAAUGGCUCAUUGAUUAAGUCAAAGUGUGUGGGCUCACGUGAACCCACUUUGCCACCUGUUAAGAUUAAGACAGAAAACAUUGUCCCAGAUACAUCAACCACUUCCCCAUCCCUCUCUCUCUCUCCAUUGGAAACUUUUCAGGACAUCAAGGAACUAACAUUUAAAUCUCUUGUGAAAGAGGACAGUAGUGAUGCUGAGGUGACUGCAUUUCGGCCUGAUUCCAAUUAUAAAUUCAGUACUUUUCUGAUGCUCCUGAAAGACAUGCAUGAUACCAGAGAAAAAGAAGGAAAACCCCUGAUCAUUCCACCAUCACCUGUGCUAAUCAAGGAGGAACCUCUAGUGAUCCCUACUUCUACAGAAAGUGACCUUCUGAAGGGUUCUUGUGGUGGUUUCACUCAUGGGAUCAAAUUAGAAAAUGACCAAUCAGGAAAAUCCUCAAUACCCCAAAAUACAGUGGUGAAAAGCAAGGUUAGGAGUAAAGCGAUCAUGAAAACUGACACCUUCUAUUGUGAAGACUUUCCUGUUCACUCUCAGCCUGGAAGCUCAGACAAGCAGAGAAGAAAACAAAGACUGCCGGCCAAACUGAAACUUAGCAUACCUGGCCUGUCUUCAGACCUGGCUGACAUGGCCUAUGGCAGGGAGUUUGUCAGUGGCCACGCUGACUUAGCAGAUGCUGGAUCUGAUUCUCACAUCGCUGCCAGUCCGUCCACCAGCUACGUCGAUAAGAACUCAGAAUCCACAGUGGCUCCAAAGAAGCGUUGGCAGGUGGUUGAGGAGGCUGCUGAGAAGAAAGGUGAAGGUGUGAGCAAGGUGUCUGGUGAGUUGAGGGGGUCACCAGAUCUGGAUGGAGGAGUUGAGAAGCACACAGAGAAUGACUCACAUUUGUCAGAUACAAGCAGCACAGCUGGACAAUCAGAGAACAAACGACUCCGGAAACCAACUAAAAGGCUCCUGGAGUCGACUGAGGAGUAUGAACAAAUAUUUGCCCCCCAAAAAAGAUCAAAGAAACACACUUCAGAAUCUUCCAAAGUGCACACUUCAGGGAUAACAGCACUCCACGAUCUCAACACUUCGGCAGGGACUGUUACCUCAACUCCAUCACCUGUGGAGUCCACCGAGGCUCCAGCAGCACUGAGUCCAUCUCAAGAUGAGCUUUCUCCUGUAGCACCAUCAGCAUCUCCACUUGCAACUCAACCCUCUUUCAACACAGAGACAGCAGAAGAAAACUAUCUACCUCCUGAAUCUGAUGCGGGAUUAUCAAGCCUAGAAAGAAAGAGGCCGAGAAAGCUGUCACACAAGGUGCUGGAAUGUACCAUAGAAGAAGUGUCUGCUGCUCCUGCUAAGAAGAAAGAGCAAAAGCGGUACAGUGGAAUUACGUCAGAGGUGAAGGUGUUGGUCAAGAAAACUCAGCUUGGAUCUCUGAGGAAAGAGAAGCUUGCCACCAGCACAUCUCCUGCCCCUGCUGUUACCUCCAAAGCCUCAGAAAGCAGAUCUCCCAGCCCUCAAAGACCUAAGACCCCCAAGCAGGAGGCAGAGAUGGAGCCCUGCAGCACUGAGGAGAAGCAAAAUAUACACACUGGAACACUAACUCCCAAACCCGAGGUGCUGCCGGUUGGUCUGAAUGAUGGCCUCUCUUCUCAAGUGGAUGUAAAAGGGAAAAUAGGAGCUGCAUCCUUGAAGGAGAACGUCUGUCAGGUGUGUGAGAGGAUAGGAGACCUGGUGGUGUGUGACGGCCACUGUUUCGGAGCCUUUCACCCGCAGUGUAUCGGCCUGUCAAUGGCUCCCAAGGGAAAAUUCUUCUGUCGUGAAUGCAACACUGGUGUGCACACAUGCUUUGUGUGUAAGAAGUCUGGCAACGGGGUGAAGCGCUGCAUUAUACCACUGUGUGGGAAGUUCUACCACACCGACUGUAUUUUAGCAUUCUCAGCCACCCAGCCCCAUAACAAAGGCUUCCGCUGCCCCCUCCAUGUGUGUCUGUCCUGUCACAUUACCAACCCUCUAAACCUCUGCAGCUCUAAAGGUCGGUUGGCCCGAUGUGUGCGCUGUCCUGUGGCCUAUCAUGCCAAUGAUAACUGCAUGGCAGCAGGCAGCUUGGUGCUGGCAAACAACAGUUUCCUGUGUCCAAACCACUUCACUCCACGCAAGGGCUGCAAGAACCACGAACACAUCAACGUUAGCUGGUGCUUUGUCUGCUCUGAAGGGGGCAGUCUGCUGUGCUGUGAAGCCUGUCCUGCUGCUUUCCAUCGGGAAUGUUUGAAUAUGGAGAUGCCUCAGGGUAGCUGGUUCUGCAAUGACUGCAAAGCUGGAAAGAAGCCUCAUAUUAAAGACAUACUGUGGGUCAAAUGGGGACGCUAUAGGUGGUGGCCUGCUGAAGUCUGUCUGGCCAAAGAUGUCCCAAAUAACAUCUUAAGGAUGAAACAUGAGGUGGGAGAGUUCCCAGUGCAAUUCUUUGGCUCCAAAGAUUUUGUGUGGACAUACCAGGCUAGAGUCUUUCCCUACAUGGAGGGUGACACUCACAACAUAGAAAAAAUGGGCAAGGGUGCAGAUGCAGUAUACAAAAAGGCCCUGACUGAAGCAGCAGAGCGGUUCAGGGAGCUUCAGGCAGAAAAAGAAAUGAAGCAGCUUCAGGAGGACAGAAAGAAUGACAAGAAACCUCCUCCAUACAGGCACAUUAGGGUAAACCGGCCUAUUGGGAAGGUGCAGAUUAUCACUGCGGACUUGUCAGAGAUCCCCCGCUGUAACUGUAAGGCCUCUGACGAGAACCCGUGUGGCAUCGACUCAGAGUGCAUUAAUCGCAUGCUGAUGUAUGAGUGCCACCCUCAGGUGUGUGCGGCAGGGGAGCGAUGUCAGAACCAGGCUUUCACAAAGCGGCAGUACACACCUGUGGAGAUUUUCAGGACAUUGUCCCGAGGGUGGGGUUUACGUGGAGUGUCAGACAUUAAGAAGGGGGCUUUUGUGAGUGAAUAUGUGGGAGAGGUGAUAGAUGAAGAAGAAUGUCGAGCCAGGAUCAGACACGCUCAGGAGAAUGACAUCUGUAACUUCUACAUGCUUACACUGGACAAGGACCGGAUCAUUGAUGCUGGGCCAAAAGGGAACCAGGCUCGGUUCAUGAACCACAGUUGCCAGCCAAACUGUGAAACUCAAAAGUGGACUGUGAAUGGAGACACCAGAGUCGGACUGUUUGCUUUACAAGACAUCCCAAAAGGUGUGGAGCUGACUUUCAACUACAAUCUGGAGUGUCUUGGCAAUGGAAAGACAGCCUGUAAAUGUGGAGCAUCCAACUGUAGCGGUUUCCUGGGUGUUCGACCAAAGAACCAGCCACCAGCUGAGAAAAUGAAACUGAAGGAAGGAAAAAGGAAGGUACCCAUGAAGAAGAAGACCAAGCAGGAAGUAACUAAGGAGAGGGAAGAUGAGUGCUUCAGCUGUGGCGAUGGAGGGCAGAUAGUGUCCUGUAAGAAGCCAGGCUGUCCGAAGGUCUAUCAUGCUGACUGUCUCAAUCUGGCCAAGAGGCCUGCAGGCCGAUGGGAGUGUCCAUGGCACCAGUGUGACAUCUGUGGUAAAGAAGCAGCUUCUUUCUGUGAGAUGUGCCCCAGCUCAUACUGUAAGGAGCAUCGAGAAGGUAUGCUCUUUAUCUCCAAGCUGGACGGCAAGCUGUCUUGCAGUGAACACGACCCCUGUGGGCCCGAUCCCCUGGAGCCAGGGGAGAUCCGUGAAUACGUGCCCAACGUGGCCUCUGUGAGGCCCAGGGCCAUGGGUCUGUCUAUGGCUCCCUCACUGGUCCCAGACUCCAGAAGAGCUUCCUCCUCUGCUGCUUCUCCCGUCUCCUCCCCUGCCAGCCAGGCUGCACCAUCCAGGCCUGAGCCUCCUCCUCGUCUCUACAUCAACACAAAGACUGCUACCUCGAGCUUCAUCCCCUUCAGCAGGUCUUACCUCGCAGACAGAACUGACGGGAAAUCUUUCUCCACUACUUCCUCCUCCAAGGAUGAGAGAGAGGACGGAGAGGUGGAGGAUGGGGAGGUGUGUGGGUUAGACAUGGAGGAGGUGGAGGAUGAUGAUGAUGAUGAAGAUGAUGAAGAAGAAGAUGACGACGAGGAGGACGUAGAGGAGGAGGAGAAUGAAAUGGACGAGAUGGAGAUAGUGGAAGAUGAGGAGGAUGAACGACUGUACAGAGACGGCCAUCUGGAGGAAGACGAUGAGGAGGAUGAAGACGAGAACAAGGGAGGUGAUGUCUAUGACAUGUGGGAUGAUUUUGUGGAUGAAGAUGCUGAUGAUGGGGAGACGGAGGGGGAGGUGGAAGACUUUGAGGAGUGGGGAAGAGUGGAGGAUGAUAAGUGAGUCAGUCCAUCCAUUCAUUAAUCCUCAGCAAAAAACUCUCGGUAGACUUUCAAAGAACGUACAGAGUUUAAUAUUUGGUACCUACUUGAAUGCAACACUGCCUUCACCUUGGUACAACAUUGCCUUCUCAUCUCCAGGCUGCUGGACUGACAGUGGGGAUGUGUGCUGGUGCUAAGGCUCGGUGGCUGAUUCACUCAGUCUCUUUAUACUUCUGUCAAUAUGUUCAUUUGUGUCUGGUGCUGUUAUGUUCUGCUGUUUGUUUCUCUUAAUAUUGUUUGUAUUUUUUGGCCUUUUGUAAAAAAAAAAAAAAAAAAAAAAAAGAAUAUAAGAAAAAGGUGAGAAGUCCCACCUGAUCAAACUGUCACCAUGAGGGCAUCUUCCAUUGUUGUUACUGUCUUAAAUUUGUCUUACUUAUUACUGGAGUUAUCAAAAUAGAGUUCUCACUGGCCCGUGUUACAGUUAGGCACAGCUUGGUGCUUGUGAGGAAUGCAAAAAUAAACCCACUGGAGUCAUCAAGGUUAUAGAUGAUUCUUCUCACGACACAA